CCCGCGUGCACACGCGUGCCGUAAUUGUCGGCGGCGCACUUGCGCUGCAGCGUCGUCGCGUUCUUCUGCCUUGCUUUCCGACGCCGCGCGCCGCUGCAGGAGGAGCUCGAAAGCGGGCCAACGAACGGAUCGACGAACAAAUUCAUUUCUUUCACUCGCACGCAUUCGUGACGUCCUGCUGGGAUGAUUACAUAUUUUGUCGAUAGAUGGCGCUGCAAGUGGAAAACUGAAACACUUGGUGGUUGUUGCUGGCAUUGAUUGUAUGGCAGCGAUGGGAAGGACUGACGGGAGAGUGAGAAAGUGCGACGUCAUGUGAGCGCAUUGAUUGAAAGCGAGUCGACCGAGCGAGCGCGCGCGCUGCAUAUCCGCGUCGGUGACGUCGUGCGGUGGCCAACGUGUUGCGCGCGCCUUUCGAAACCGACGCUCUCUCGAUUGGUGCGCUCGCAUGGGAAGGGUGCCGCAGCGCACAAAGCGACUCGAACCGAAAGCGCGCCGGCACCAGUCGCACCGGUCGCUUCCCGACGAGCGAGAACGCGCAGCGUAAGCGGAAUGCGGUUGUGCAUGUAGACGUGCAAGCGAGCGAGACGGGUGUGUAUGGUUGGUGUGUGUGUGUGUGCUGAGUGUAGAGUAUCGAUGGUCGGGAGCAGCGCUGGGCCGAAGUGCUGCGGUGUGCCAGUGCGCGCUGCGUGGUCGCGUUCGCUUGUGCUGGGUUGCUGCUGCUGAGAGAGCUGCUGCUGGUGCUGCUGCUCACCUCAAAAUGGCAGACGCGGACGCUGCGGUCGGCGGCGGCGGCGGUGGUAUCGUGUGCGAGAAGUUGUGCGGGAGCGGCGUCGAGGCGAGGAGCGACAUUGUUGUUGGUGGUGGUUUGAGUGCUGCGAGUGGAGGCGCGCCGACCGUGGGACACGAUGUGGAUAUUACGCUGGAUAUAAACAUGCCCGCCUCGCCGCACGGUGACGACUGCAGGAAGAAGCGAUGUGUGGACCGCUACGACAGUUCCGAAUCCUCCGAUAGUGGAGUGGCGAUAUUGAGUUGUACAGAUUGCAGUGGUAGUUCCACAGCGUCGAGUGACAUUACUGACCCCGGUUCGCCGUUUAGUACGGCAUCGACACACUCGGAGGAUUCGGGAAAUAGUAAUCAGCCGACCAAGAUGCCGCCCACACAAAACGUCCACCAUCCCCCUUGGCCUUGGACGGCCGAGGAGUUGUCCGCGAAGGAUACACCCGCGAUGGUCGUCAAACAAGUGGCGGCGUUGAAGGAUACGCCAUCGAAGCAACGGCAGGCGAUUAAGCGUAAAGAGACCAGUAGUAGUAAUAGCACGCAGAAAUGCCUCAAUAACAACCUCACGACCUCAAAUCGAAACGCACAAACGACGACGGCGGCGCACGCCGCCCACGAGCCUAGUCCCAAUAAAAAGCCCGCCAUCAUGAACAAUGUGAAACUCAGCAAUACGUCUAACAAUCAGCAGCAGGCGACGCUCAAUGGCGUCGCGAAUGUGACAAUACUGCCCCCGUCGGCGGCGGAACUGCUCGUCGGCAUGGACCCCAAGGCUGUGUUUCCCCGCCUCCAGCAGGGAAAGAUUACCGAGUACUUUAAAAGUCAGUACAAGAGCAGCACGAUACUCAAGAAGGAGCUGUCGAAUAUCAUGAUCAAGACGAUCGCCAACCCCAACAGUAAAUUUGCCGCUAGCAAGAAGCUGGAUGUGAUACCCAAGAAGGCGAUUCCGCGCCUCCAUCGACAGGCGAGUAUGGAGAAACCGAUCGUCAAGUCCCCACGCACGAUUCCGCGAAAAAUCCUCCCGGCGCCCUCGAAGGCCGAGAGCAACAACGGUAUCAUUAGCAUGGGCCACCAGAUUACAGCGAACAAUUACCACCCGCCUAUUAUCACAACGCUAAUCCCAAACGUUUAUGCCAUUCAGGCGCCACAGGCGAAAACCCCGUCGAAGCCGACCGAUAGCAGCGGGAUUUACGUGCCGCAAUUUGCCCUGAAUGACAAGCUCAACGCCAUUCCGAUUAUGACCACGCGCGGUACACCACCUCUGGGCAUUAUACAGCCCUUACAGAAAGUGACCACCAUCAACGGUCUAAACAAUAUUAAUAACUUCGUUAAACUCAACACCUCGGCGUCCAUGAUGCCGACGAUAUUGAAACUCAACGCGAAUUUCCAUCAUCAUCAACAAACGAAUGUGAUCAACACGGUGGCGGUACCAUCGGUAGGCUGUAAGCCAGUUGAAGGAAGUGUGAAUUCAGUGACGGCGGUAACCACGAGUCAUCAUCAAGUGAUCAGCAAUGUGAUGGAGACCGAAACGCAUAGCACGUGUGAGGAACGACUUGUUGGUGAGGAUGGUAAUAAAGCCGAGGCGGUGGUUGCGGCGAAGGUGGAAACGCGCACACAGUUGCCGGAGGAGUUGAGUCCAGCGGAUUCAGGGGUGUCUAGUAAUUUAGAGGUGCUCAUAAAUGACGACGAGCUGCUCAAGGCGGACGCGGCACAGAAGUCGCCCAUUCUUUCCCAGCCGAAAACCAUCCGGUUUCCGGCGAAGGAACGCGUACCAGUGCCGAAGAAAAUCGCCGUGAGGGCGGACAGAGCCGCCUGUCAAUGGGAUCAAUGUGCUGCACAAUUUGAUACCAAUGGUGCCUUACUAGAACAUCUACAGGUGAAACAUGUGAUAUCGCAAGAGAAGCAGGAACAAUACGUGUGUCUCUGGCAAGGAUGCAAGGUGCACGGCCGCAAGUCGUGCUCCAGGUCGUGGCUGGAGCGUCACGUUUUGGCGCACGCCGGUUCCAAGCCGUUUCGGUGCAUCGUCGACGGCUGCGGGCAACGCUUCAAUUCGCAGCUGGCCUUGGAGCGCCAUGUUAACGGACAUUUUAGUACGGAUGGUACACAAAAUGGUAACGCGAAAAAGUCGCUGGAAAAUACGUCCGUCAAGCUGUUUAAACGCAACGGAAAGAAAAUACGCUUUCGGCGACAACCUUGGUCAGCGCGUAUGUUUGACUUUAUUGAUUCCGGCAUGAUGGAAGGUUUGCAAUAUAGGCUGCUCACCAUGACUGAAAAACGUACAAACGGAAAGUUCGACAGUACUGAUGGCCAGACGGUGACUCUCAGCAGUCAAAUACUGGCAAAACGCGUCGAAUUGGAUGGCACUCGCAAGUUGCUACUCAGAUGGCAUCCCAGUGACAUACUGGAAGAUGAAUGGGUAGUGGAGAAGGAGUACACGAAGACAAAAGACGUUCAAAUACCUAAUUUACACGCGACAGCAAAGGACAACCUGCGUCCGAUCCUGUUCCCGCAUUGUUCCAGCACCUCCGACGACAGCAGUAGUUCCAGCAGUUGCAGUAGUCCCGCAGGACGACAAAAACAUCGCCGUAAGCCACUGCAUCUGCACACGUGAUAUACGAAGGACACGCCGACGGACGACGCUGGACCAAUGCGGACGGACGCGCGAAACAGGGUUCAAAAUGUUCAAAAAAGUGCACAUAAUUUGACUUUGACUAGACUUUGAUAGAGUGUUUAUCUUUUCGUUUAGAAGACUUUUGCACACUGCACAUCAACUGCAAGAGCAUGAGCUUUAGACGACAAACGAAACUGCAAACAACAAACAAAAAAUGAUCUCCGUUAUUAAUUUAAAGUUAUUAACUCUAAUAAUUACGAUUUAGCAAUGCUCUUUAGUGGUGACUUUAUUUAAAUUAUUAUCAAAUCUUGCUGCAACCGAGAUGAAGCAACACCAGCGCUAAAUUAUUUGAACAAACGAUUGGGUUUGGUUGUGUGAUGACCAAAAAGAAUGUGUAAAAGCUAUUAGGUGUGUGUUCGCUGUCGAUAUACUAGCUAUUUUAUUGUAUAAAUUAUUCUAAUUAUGUACGUAAGACUUAGGUAAAAAUUUAGGUAAAACAAAUCUAAAAUAAAGCGAAGUUCAUGUGGUUUCGCGCCUCCUGGAUCAAACACGGGGCGCGACAUGAAACGUGGAGACUCGUGUGUACGGAUAUUGUAAGUAGAGCGAUCGAAUUGUGGCGCCAGCCAGGAUUGAGCGCAAUCAGCUAAUUAUCACUGCCAAGAUAAACUGACUAGCUGCGAAGAGAAGGUAUCAUUCGUAACAUAUUGUAACAUAUUGUAAAUGCGAGUGUGGGAUGCGUUUGCCAGACUUAUUAUAGAAACAAACGAAUGCAAUCCAUUAUUACAACAACCGUAGACACACCAUCAUCAAACAAUUGUAAUUGUAAUAUUAUACUCAGUGGAUGCUUCAGUUUGGAUUCUUGUUGUUUUUAAAGGCAAACAGAACGCAUUUCUUUGAUGAAUGUGUGAGACGAGCGUUGUGAACAUGACAAAAUAUAAUAUCGAAUCACUGCCAAGACUACUGCCACUUUUGCAAAAUCGUAGUUAGCAUUUAUUAUUAAUCAAAGAACGAGAACAAUCAUGCAUUAGUAUCGAGUGCGCUGUACUUCACCAUCAUGACAUUUUCAUUCAUUUUAAUAAAUUGAUUCCAUGUCGCGUUUUUUCAUCCAUCAUCAUUAGUUUCGCAAGUUAAAUAGUAUUAAUUGAGGUGUAACUUAAACUAAACGUAAUUUGUGUUCAUUAAGCGAUUAGCAUCUUGAAUGAUCUCCGCGAACUGAAAAGAUUGAAAUUUUAUUGACGGCGUGCAAUUGGUACUUAAAUUUAUUUGCUCAUUUAGUUAAUUUGUAAUUGUGAGUGUUCAAGAUGUCAUUGUGAAAACAAGUAAUAUGCUUUUAUCAACGAAUAUAUUCCAUUUGAUUCGUUGAUAUCAGUGUGGCAAAUUUAAUAGACUGAUUAUGCUCUCAAUAGAAAUAUCAUUGCGACGCCAUCAAAUCAAAACUGCAAAUCGUAAAAGCUACGUACAUAUUUUAAUUAAAUUGCGACUGAUUUUAUUUUUAUUUUUGUGUAAUUUUAUAGCCAAGUAAUUUUAUGAACACCAGCGCUAAUGUAUUCGUAAACUUAAUUUAACCAAUUUUUUCAAUACUUUUUUGGUUAUUUAAGUGUUUUACUACAUGUUUUCUUACCAAAUUAGUGGAAUAGUACAAUAAAAACAAAAUGGCGAAGCGUAACAAAUUACCUACGAACAUCGACGAUACGAAUGAAGGAAGCGAGAAUGCAUUGCAAUGAUUUAAUGGCAAAAUAAGAGCAAGUAGAUAACGUAAUUUUCAAUUAGGUGUGUGAUAUCCUAAGAUGACUUAGACAUGUUGUAAUCGGAGAUAAACCUGGAUGUAAAUUGUAAAAUAGAACUAGCGAGACGUAGAUAAAGAAAGAAAGUCAAAAAAGUACUAAAUUUUGAACAUAUUCUUCUAUUCGAAACGAGAAAUUAACAAAUUACGAUAAGAAUUUAAGGAUAUUGCGAAACAAAAAAAACAAACAAAAUUGGAAAACCAGAAGACUGUUUAGACUUAUAAACACGCGUAUAUGUACAAUAAUCAAACUAAUCUACUUACAUAGCACAUACAUAUGACAGUGAAUUACUUACUCCGAUUGAUAGACAUUAAGAGACAACCACAAUCAUAUUGAAUUGAUAUUCAUGAUAUUCAUGAAGUUGUUUUUGAAAGAAAGAAAAAAAAACUGCGAAAUUGCGUGGAGUUGUAAAUUAUUCCCCUGUUCUCCGUAUUGCGAGCAAGGCAACUGAGUGUAAAUUAGCAUUGUAAAGUGGAUACCUUUGAACAUGCACACACACACACUACGAUUUUUUCCCGUAGGCCGAAUCAAAGGAUCACGCUAGAUAUGAAUGACACAUACGAUGAUAGCGUUGUAGAUGAGAUAUGUAAAGAAAGUAACUUUAAACCUUAAACAAUAUGCAUGGUACCCGCAAAGUGUAAGAUAAUCCUGUAAAAAAAAUGGUAACCGUGGGUGUUUAUUUGUUGAAUCGAUUGAGUAUAUAUGUAAUAUGAUUAUACGCCAGCAAGAGAGCCAGUUAUAUGUAAUGCAUAGUUUUUAUCGCGAAUUGACGAGAGGUGAUGAUGGUAAAAGCAUGCGCAUCUUGUGUGAAUACGAAUGUUGUAUACGCAAUGUACAUUCAAUUGAGCGUGCCGAUUGAAUUUAUUGGUGUUAAAUGAAUAGAAAAAGGAAACGGGUUGAUAUGUGAGAUGGGGGAGGUUUGGGAGACGUCGAGGAAAUUUGCAUUUUACGCAAUUUGAUUACAUUUUAUAUGUGCUUGCAAGUUGAGACUUGAAAAUGGCACACAUUUUCACAUAUUUAAUGACACUCUGUACAUAAUUUGUAGUUUAAAUUUAAAUUACCGCUUGGUUCGGACCUGACAGAACAUAUUAGUUGAAUUUUUAAUGUUCUUAUCAAACUGAAAUGAUGAUUAUAUUAAAAGUUGGACACAAUCAAAAUUCGAAACGAGCAAACAUGACACAAAACGUGAUUGAGUUGAAAAGACUGCAACAAAAGAAAACUUUCUGCAUUUAUUUCGAAGCAAAUACCCACCGAAUUAUUGUAACCCUUUGAUUUGUACAGUAAUUAUGUUUAAAUAGAGUAUUGUAUCAGCGCGGUUGAACCGCUAAUCCUAGGAAAUCGAACAAAAUCGCAAGCAGAUGAGAAGUCGCUCCGAGAAAAUGAAAAAACAAACGUAAACAACAAGACGACAUCAAACUUAUAUAUUAAUGUGUAAUUAGUUUCGUUUCUUCCUACUAUUCUAUUCUUUUUUAUAUGCAUAUACAUAAAAAGUAUGUUUAAACGUGUAAUUGAUCGAUCGCGAGUGAGGAUCGAUUAAUUACAACAUUAUUAGUUAAUUUACUAUCAUUGAAUGAAAUAAACUGUAAAUAUUUAUAGAA